UUCGAUCGGCUACCAACUCUUCCGUGCAGUUCAAAAUGGACAUGAUCAAUCGGGAAAUAUCUUCGUGCACAUGGGUUCUCUGCAUUUCACUUGAAAACCCAUGUAUUCAAGAUUCCCUACGCUUUCCCUUUGAGACAGAGUUUGGCUUAGGAGGGCACAGGUAUUCGUAUCUAAUAUUAUGGCAGGGUUGUUCGACAAACAGGCGGAGAUUUAUGUGGAUGCGAGGCCAACUUAUCCAACCGAAUGGUAUUCAAAGCUCGCUGCUCUCACUCCCCAACACUCAUUAGCCUGGGAUGUCGGAACUGGCAACGGACAAGCAGCUCUUGGGGUUGCUGAGCAUUAUGAGCAAGUAAUUGGAACAGAUAUAAGUGAAAACCAACUAAAACAUGCAAAGCAGCAUCCUCGAGUCAAAUACAUCCACACCCCAUUAUCCCUCUCGGAUGAUGAGUUUGUGACAUUAAUGGGGGGUGAAAACAAAGUUGAUUUGGUGACCGUGGCUGAAGCCGUACACUGGUUUGACCUCCCGAAGUUCUACUCCCUCGUUACGCGUCUUCUGCGUAAGCCAGGAGGAGUAAUUGCCGUUUGGGGCUACUAUGGAAUGGUAGUAAGCACAACCUUUGAUCCUCUAACAAAGAGAUUACGAGAAGCCACCAACCCCUUUUGGGACCCCAGGGCACAUCUCUUGCUGGAUGGUUAUAGGACACUUCCAUUUCCUUUUGAAAGUGUGGGUUGUGAGGAUGAUGAGGUCAUUGUCGGCAGUCACCGCAGCCAAGCACCAAGGGGUGGAUUUGUUAUCUGAAUGAGUGAUUGAGGAUCUUGAGAGUGCUUGGGGUGGGCCGAAUAAGAUCAGAACUGUGACAUACAAGGCAUUUAUGCUUUCAGGAAAAGUAAAGCUGUAAGUAAUUUUCAUCAAGUUCAUCUGCGUACGCACUCUGUUGAUG